UUAAUUUACAUUUUUCUCUCUUCAGAUUGACCAUAUCAGCGGAGUGUCCCAUGCAGUUGGAGGAUUUUCCUAUGGAUGCUCAUGCCUGCCCACUCAAAUUUGGCAGCUAUGCCUACCCUAUCUCAGAAGUGGUGUAUAAAUGGACUAAAGGCCCUGGCAUGUCUGUGGUAGUGGCAGAGGAAGGAUCACGUCUCAACCAAUACCAUCUGAUUGGCCACACUGUUGGUAUGGAAGAUAUCAGCACAAGUAGAGGUCAAUACACAGUCAUGAUGGCCCAUUUCUACCUGAAGAGGAAGAUCGGUUACUUUGUGAUUCAGACCUACAUGCCCUGCUUCAUGACUGUUAUUCUGUCCCAAGUCUCAUUCUGGCUCAACCGUGAAUCUGUCCCUGCCAGGACUGUCUUUGGUGUGACCACAGUGUUGACUAUGACCACCCUCAGCAUCAGCGCCCGCAACUCUCUUCCUAAAGUAGCAUAUGCCACUGCAAUGGAUUGGUUCAUCGCUGUUUGCUAUGCCUUUGUGUUCUCUGCGCUUAUCGAGUUUGCCACAGUCAACUACUUCACCAAACGCAGCUGGGCAUGGGAUGGAAAGAAGGCCUUGGAGGCUCAGCAGCCUAAAAAAAAAGACCCACUGGCACUCUCCAAAAAGCCAAACAAUGCCUGUUUGUCUGGAGUUAACUUCACGAAGGAUGCAGCUAUCUCAACCAUCUCCAACAGCACCACUGUCCAGUUGAAGAGCGCUGAGACCAAGCCUGCAAUGGACCCCAAAAAGACUUACAACAGCGUCAGCAAAAUUGACAAAAUGUCUCGGAUAGUGUUCCCGGUCCUCUUUGGGACUUUCAACUUGGUCUACUGGGCCACAUAUCUCAACAGGGAACCGGUGAUUACUGGAGCCGAUUAGCCCCUGCUAAGCCCCCUAUGCCACUGCGACAUUCCCUUCACAACCUCUUUUUCUUCUCCACUUCAAUACUCGACGACAAGCUGACCUUGCAAAAAACGAUGACGAGCACUUAUUUACUGCACCUCUCACUUUGCUAUUCUAUAAGAGGAGUGCUCCUGUUGAAUUUUCCUCCUGAUAUCAUAAAUUGCAUGAUAGAUUCAAAGCUCUAUGGGAAUAUAAUUGCCAUAUCUGCCUUGACUUCCUACUUUAUAUUUCUCUGGUUUCCACUGGUUAUUGCAUUCAUCUUACAAUGAAUUGAGAGCCACAGAAGCUACCAUUUCAGUCAUGAAAAUUUUCCAAGGGAUGUGAACAAAAAUUUAUGCAUUUGGCAUCAACAUUAUCACAGUAUAAAAAAAAAACAUAUAUUGAAAAGAAGUACAGCAAGGCCAAAUGCUAUGCAAAAACCAUUUUCUACUAUGUUGAAAUGGGUAAUUGCUUAUAAUGAAACCCUUGCUUUGUAUUAAUGCAUUUCAGCCUUCUCUUCUUUUUUUAUUAGCUUUAGCAUCAAUGGUGUAAGGCAGACAGAUGCUAUGCUAAGUUUUUAGCCAUGCUAAAAAUGUUGCCUUCAGAGGGAUUACUUCAUAGGAGUGCUCGGGAAUGUCCCACAAUUACUGAUUUCACUUUCGUUUGUCAUUUUUUUCUAAGCUUUUUUGAAGUAGCUAAAUAGAAUUGUGCACCUUAGGCAGCUUUUCACACUUUAGACCAAGAUAUCCUGCAAGGUGAACAAGGUUGGGUUGCAGCGAAUCAUUUGUACAUAGCUUGUGUAUGCUUUGCUUUUAGCGUAGAUGCGGCUUAACAUUAGUGAGGAAGGGCUGAAAAUGGUUCUGAUUCACUAAUCUAAUGUGCAGCCAAAGUGACAUGAAUUAUGGUGAAAACGCAGAUUGUAUCGUGAAAUAUUGUAGGCUUUGACAGAAUGUGGCAUUUCUUUACAGUUAAUAGUUUUCACAUUGGCUUUUCAUGCUGUUUAUGCAAUAGCCAUUUUCUUAUUUUUUGUCUGUGUUGUAAAUUGGCCAGUGGGUUUUCGAGGUUGGAACGAGUCAGCAACAG